AUGUCUGCUGAAACGGAGCUUAGCUCCAUGCACCUUUCUCGACGCCCUGUGGCACGAAGGGCUUGUCUGGCUUGCAGAGAAAAGAAGAUCAAGUGUGACGGUGAACCACCCCCGGCAAGCGGUGUUCGGUUUUCGGCCUCUGUUCCAUCCACCUGUUCGAAUUGCCGAUAUUCCGGGACCGAGUGUGUCUUCAUUCCGAGUAACCGUGGGGGUCGGAGAAAGAAAAACACCGAUACAGAAAGCGCAAGAAACUCGAUUUCGACUACCUCCCACGUAUCAGUGACUGCUUCGGGCUCUGAAGAGCCAGGGUAUCCACGACACCAGCAAUAUGGAUUCCCGAGCUACAAAGGUUACUAUUCCAGGUUGAGUGGGAAUCGCAAUCAAAAUGACGAAAUGUCGGUUUCGUCCAACUCUGAUGAUGGGGGUGAGUUUUCGGUUCCCCCUGAGUCUCAUCACAACGGUGGAGGGCGUGGAUCACCGGGAUCCCGAUACUCCGGCAUGCCAGAAGGACGCCGGCUCGCUCACCGGGACGAAGGCUUUCAUCAUCAGUUUGGCCAUCCACAUCCACCGCCCCCACCUCCGCCGUUCGGGUUUCCGCCUCCACCGCCCCCUUUUCACCACCACUCGCGCGGCUACAACUACUGGUCGCGCGGAAUGCCUCCACACCCACCUCCACCUGGCUCACAUCUUCCGCCACCGCCUCCACCUCCGCCACCUCCACCGCAUUACCAUCCUCACUACGGGGGAUCACACGAAGGUUUCCCUCCACCACCGCCGGUGCUUCCUCCCAUUUCCGACCCGCGCUCACCCGGAAACAGGCGGUACUACCCAUCGCCUGGAUACUUUGAUCCUUACUACAGGGAAAGAGAACAGUACCGUGGAUCUGUGGAAGAGAAGUCUGCGUAUGGUGCUACGUCUAGAUGGGUAGACAGACAAUCAGACUUGGAAGAGCGCGAAUACCGCGACAAGGGUUCGACCAGGGACAGACAAGACUCCUCCAUAGGCUUGGUAUUACCAUCUGCUAAGAAACUGUCUGGUUUAGGUAUCAAAAAGAGAUUGUCCAAUUUGACUGAUGAGAUUUUGGCAAAGCACGAUUUCCCCGAGUUAGAAGUCACCGGUAGCUUCAUUGAUUUAUUCUACAGGUAUGUUCAUCCAGCUCGUCCUAUUUUUCCUAACAAAAAGACCUUCCUGGAAACCUUGGACUUGAACUGCAAUGCUGCUUUGCUUCAUGCGAUGAUAGCAAUUUCUGUGUGUUACGCCUCUCCCAAGCAAAUCCAGAAUCCCGAGCUACUGAAUCCAGCUCACUGGCACAGACUGGUCGAGAAACAUUGGGAUAAUAUCGACGUUUUUGGGGCAUUUGCCAUAUUAUUGCUGAUGAGUGGCUCAAUUGUGCCUGAGGGCCAUUGGACGCGUUCGAAUAAUGGGUUCGAAAAGAUGACCAACAUGGUUAGACUAUAUGGCCUCAUCGACUGUCACUCUGCCACAUCGCCUCUUGAACUCGAAGAAACGCUUGCUUUUACGUCUUGGAGACAGAUUUUGCAAAGAGAAAAAGAAUUGAGAGCUGUUUGGUCAGUGUGGUAUCUGAAGGUCUACCUUCGUGCCAAUUUUGACUAUCCUUAUGAGGCAAGACAGGAUUUUAUGAUCAAGUUUCCGGCCACUAUGGAUUUCCCUGUGAGCGAUGACCAGUUCUAUCUCCGCGGAGGAAUGUCCAAACAGACGCAAUCCGAUGGCUCUGAGAAGUUUGUUGGUCCUGUUGAUUGGGGCCAGAUUCAAUCAGAAAUCAACUGUUUCCCACAAAAAUCAGAAUCAGACUACUCUACGUUGAUUUACGAUGCGGCCUCGGUAGUUGUUUCUACAAAGUUCCUGGAAGACGUCAUGGAUACCGUUGGAAGAAACGGGUUGACUCCCAACAACUAUGCAAAACUCAGCACUCAGAUCCAGGCCCUUCUCAAGAUUACGAAAUCCGGGCUAUUCACUUUAGAAGAUUUUGAAGUUGAUAAUCGCAAGGUUAGAGCAAUUGUCAUCAGAGGAAAGUUCUUACAAACUCAGUUCAUUGCCAACUUUGCAAUGUCCAUAUUAAACUUAGGAUACUGCUCCAAAAUGCUGACAUUCAAUCCUCAAGUUCUCUGCACUGCUUCCGAUCACUUCCUGAAAGAUGUUACUCUUGAUGACCUUCCCAAAAUGGAGCUUAUCGUGGAGGAGUUGAUCAGCGCUUCGGACAGAGAUUGGCAUUGUCUGUUUGAGUGUGCACUUGCAGCCUGGCGCUGUGUCAAUCUUGUGGAAUUAGGCGAUGGUAUAUCUUCCGAGACGAUGAAAAUGGGCGUGCUUCCGGCUGUCAUUGGUCCCACUUCUUUCGAAUCAGCUUUUGUCCUAGGUCAUGAGGAACAACCAGCUACAGACAACAAGGACUCAAAGGCACCAGCAAUUGACCCUCAAUGGUGGAAAGCCGCGUUUGCCGAUUCCCGUGGGGCCGCAGCAAUACUGCCUGAUCCAACAUUGCCGGAUGUCUGGCUCCAAUAUCCUAUUUUUUCGAUCAACGUUGUCAUGAAAAUGAUUCCAAUCUUGGCCUCUUCCUGCGUGCUGUCACAGAUUGUUCGCUUGAAGCAUGUAGAAAAAGGAAACAUGCUAGUUCAGGACAAUGAAAUGCCACUCGAGAUCUCUGUGAAGAAGGAUAAAAUAUGGACAGCCGUCAAAACCAUAACAGUCACCAAAGAUGUGGGUCAAAUUCUCAACGCAGAAAUGGACUUUGACUCAAUUCUUGAGAAAUUGAGAGUCGUCGUCAAGUUUUUGUACGCCAAUGGUACUUUCUUCCCAGCGAUUAACAUCGUCCACGAGAAUGCGGAGAAGUACAUCAAGAUUGUUGUUGAUCUCAUUGAGAAGUAUCCCGCAUAA